GCCAUUUUUUACCGCCGAGUUUUUCUUUCCCUCUCCCCGAAAUUUUUUGUCGUCGCGUCUCCCUUCUCCUUUGCCUUCUCAAACCCUAAGCAUUUGCAUCCACGAUCUCUUCAUAUUUUUCUUUCUGUAUCUCUUCACGCUGUCAAACCCGCUCUAUGCCGACGAUCCCCUCUUCGCGAAAUCCUCUCAGCCUAACUGCUCCUCUGAGCUCCUUUCUGCAUAACCCUUUUAAGUUGCUUCCUUCUUUCGCUGAACAUCUCCGCCGAACCACCCACCUUCAUUCCCUCUUCAUAGCAGGCUGACCUAGUGCUCUUCGAUACCUCUUCGUAGCAGUCUGACUAGGAGAGGGAAUAAACAACCCCUUCUACAGUCAUGCUCACCUUCUCAAAUCCAAGCAAGCAGCCCCUUCUCUUAGCUUAUCAAAUCAUUGAAAGUCAUGGAAGAAUAGGAUGCUAAUCUAUGGUUUUGGUAUUGCAAAUGCAAGUGGAUGUGUCUAUCCUGCAACUUCUAGAUGUUCAUAACUACUGUGGUAAAAGGGCAUAUGAAGAUGUUGAUGAAACUCAAGAUGAUGAGAUUGAUGAAGAGGAAUUCAAGGAGGAGCAAAAUUCUGUUACAUGUCUUAUUCACAUGUUGUAUAAUGAUGACUUAGAGGAAAUGUUGAAGAUACAACGUAGCAAUCAAAUGCGCAACUAUUACUCCAAGUUAAGAAAGCUGCAUGGAGCUGAUGCAUUGUGGAUUACAAUAGAAUCUGUGAUCAUUAAAUUUGAAUAAUUUUGAUUAUUUAAAGAUGAAGCUCGGGUUAAGAUGCAUAAACCAUUCCCGUUUUUCUCAUAAAAUUAGUUUGUAGGUCCAAUUCUGGCUGAUGACUCAUGAUCUGGUCCUAACAUAUAUUCUCCUAGGAAAUAUCAUGAUUAUUAAAACUUUAGUGAGUAUGACAUCUAGGUAGAACAUCUUUUUUAUUAUUAUUAUUAUUCUUAUUCUGAAAUGCAGGAAGUGAUUUCCAACAUCUUAAGAUUUUGAAAUAUUCAACCAUAUAUAUCAUUUGCUGGUAAACACAUUACUGUAAGACUAAUAUUUUUGUGACGAUUAUCAGUUAUAUUUGUAGUGAAUAUACAUUGAGAUAGUAGUGAUUAUCAGUUUAAAAAGUCUUAUUCUAGACUGCACAAAGUGAUUAACAGUUUAGAUGGUUUAAUAACUUAGUUUGUUCUUGCUUUUUUAUAGAAAUAAAGUAAUGUUGAAACUGGUUUUGUAUACUACUUUGUGGUUUUCAUGCAAACUGCACAUCCGUAAGAUUUGAGAUCUUACUUGAGUGUUGAAUUUUUGCACAUAUAUAUGAUAUGUUAGCGUGUGAAGCAGCGAUGGAUCAUUAAUAUUAUGUAAACAAAAGGUACAUGACUUCCUCUAUGAAUCCUUCUUUUGUUGCUGCUGUUAGCUAUUCUAGCUGCUUGUUAUGACUGUAACUAUAUUUUUUUUAGAGUAAAAUGGAGAAAGCAUGGUUUGCAAGUCUAUGAAAUUCCACAUUCGAUGAUGAGUAUAUAAAAAAGGGAUCAGAGAAAGCAUGGUUAUGGUCUACUUCUGUAUAAACUUAACAUGUUGUAAAAACAUGUUGUUGAUCUCUUGGUGCCUUAACAAAGGGUGGAAAGAUUGGACUUUUUGAUGGAGCUAGUGUGGGGAAGACAGGAUUUAUUAUGGAACUGAUGAUCAAUAAUAUUGGAAAAGGUUGGUAUAAAAGAAUCAGCAAGUGAGAAAAAGUAAUUCAAUGAAAUCCUACAAGUUGAAGAUUGUGAUGGGACUUGGGUUGAUAAUAAUUAAGUGCAAUCCUACAUGACAUGAACCACCAUCACAAGUUUUUAGUCUGUUGGCUAUUGUUCAUUAGUUGUAAA